CGGACCUACAGAAACUUAUCGAAGACUCUUCAUCGACGUGGAUAAGUCCUAUUUGGAAUGUUUGAAGAGUAGAUCGCAUGGUACAAGCUUCACAUAUUGCCGUUCAAAUUUAUUUCACUCGCAAAAUGGGUGAAAAGACUUUCCUGCAAAAAACUAAUAUCAACUGGUAACAUUUACAAUACCGUGAUUGGUCAAUUAGACCCGCAGGGGUUUAUAACGAGCGACUAGCAUUUUGUAUCAGAGCCGUUAAAUUGCUCAAAGAAAUCUCCGGGCAUGAUUUAACCAAUGGAGACAAUGUUGCGACGAUUAUUUCGUUGUAUAUGGCAUCAUGCCAAUCGCCGCAUCGCUUUAUAUAAAAGCUUACAUCCGUGUUGUCCUCAGUUAUCUGCUGAAACUUUGAACUCCAAGCGUUGUCAGAAAGUAUUCCCUCUUAAAGUUGUCUAACAACAUUGAAAAUUGAUAAUGGCGUUUUCGAUUUGUUGUAUAUUAAUCUACGUGUUAUAUUUUAAUACUGCAGAAAGUACAGAUUUUUACAAACAAGAUCUCAACUACGUUCCUCAACUAAAAGACAACAAAUUCCAUCAGAUAAAAAUCAAAGGAAUGGACAGAGUACCUCAUAAAAUACAAAUCGGCAAAGAUUCACUGGCAAUCGACUUUGUCAACGCUUGUUCUUACAAAAACGGAGGUUGUCAGCACGCAUGCCUAAUCAAAUCCUCAACGAAAUAUGAUACGUCCAGCUGCGCGUGCUACGUGGGCUACAAGUUGAAGUCUAAUUUGAAGGAUUGUGAGCUUAUUGCGUACGAUAGCAACAAAAAUACUAGUGAAUCUUUCAACGCACCAAGUGGACAUCGCAUUCGAAGACAAAACAAAUUGUUCGCUACUGUUGGCGCCAAUCUCAAGUAACCGCCACGCUGCCUUUGGAUUGAGUUCCAUAGGAUCUCUACACAAGACCCAAACAUAAUUCACUCGCAUAACUUUUUCUGGGUCACCUUCGAC